UCCUAGGUAGUAAUGAAUAAUCUCAAGUCACUAUACCCGUAUUUUCCAACCUACAAUGUCGGAAACCUACAGUUUCAUAGCCAAAAUAACUGAGCAGCCAUGAGUGUAGUUAUUAAUCGGAAAACAAUGGAAACAGCCGCACUAACGUCCUCCCCUUCAUCACUCGAAAACCAACAAAUACCAAUAUUUGUGAUACUUGGAGCUAUCCGCGGUCUCAAGGAAUAUUGGGGGACCAUGUAAGGCAUUCAAUAGAUCCCCAGAAGGACUCCGUCACUCCUUCAAAAGCAUCCAUGAUUGGAGGAUACAAAGCGUUGAGGCGAAGUACAAAAAUGUCUGACCAUCGAAUUGGGAAAUCAGUGACAUCUUCAUGAUCAGCAAUUAUUUGUCAAUAGUAACAUUCUUGACAGAUUGAUUGACCCUUGUACAGCGCAGGAAUGAUGCGUCCCUUCAGUGCAUCGGUCCUAAUCGAUGAUGAAUGCAGGACGUCGAUCGCGUGACUCAACAAGAUGAGCAUUGCAUCAAGGGAGGUCUUUGGUAUAUAUCAGAGUAUAUAAAGGACUACUGGGGCGACGAUAGAUUGAUCAGAAGGCUAACCAGACUCCUCGUUAUAUCUUUCACUAUGGUUUUCGAUUUGGAACUCAUUACUCGCGCUGAGCGUGCCAUUGGCUAUGUCUUCACCAACAAACUCCUCUGCGCAGAGGCUCUACAAAUGGAGGCACCAAUAGUAGACUUUUUCAUCGACAACCGCGUACAAAGAGUCGAAAACAAUGAGCGCCUUGCCCUGUACGGCCCCAUAGCCACGGCUCACCUCAUGUGCGAUUCAUGGUACGAAGAUGGAAUUGCAGAUCUGAAGGCUUGGACUACAAUGCGAGGCGAAUUCCUGGAUAAACGUCGACUUACUGAAAAAGGCCGGCAGAUUGGGUUGGCAAAUUGCAUUGCCAGGGCUCCAAGCACUGUUCCAACUGAUAGAAUGGUUGCUACCACUUUGGCGGCCCUUCUUGGCGCUGUCUACAGGGACGGUGGAGAUGAAGCACUGGAGAGAGUCCUUGGAAAUCUUGGAGUAGAGCUUUGGCGUGGCCCAUCCAACGCCGGUUCUGAUGUCUCCGACGACUCCAAUAAUUCCAAUGACUCUUUUGAGCAGUUGUGAUAUGGGAUCAUUAGUGAAGACAUAGCCAAUGGUACCCUCAGUGCUAGUAAUGAGAGACAGUCGCUCCUUCGUAUUCUUUCAUCUUUAGGCUCAGCAAUAUAUUCAUUCUCCCUAUCUUGUGCUGAACUUCGGACUACAAUAUAUGAUCUCUUGGUCGAUCGUGAUAGCCGAAUCUAACCUUGAGCC